AUGAUCCCAGACACUUGCAGCGAAUCCUCAAAGUCAUCCCCGCACUCCCGAAGAAGCUCGCUUGACGAGGAGAGAGGAAUGACAACGGAGAUCUCCCAAAUCAAUGGCCCUCAGACGGCUUUCCAAAGAGGUUCAAUCACCGGAGUAGAAGGAACGACAUCAGAGAUCUCACGAGUCGCCAAGGUUUGGAACGACUUCCAACCAGGCCCCAAAGCCCAAUGUUCUACGCUGUUAAUUCCAGGGGGGUUUUCAACCCCGUUAGAGGCCGCCGCGUACAGCCAAGAGGUCGCUGCAGCGCUUUUUUUCAAGAAGGGCGCCUAUCUAGAGUCAAAAGAUAAAUACGGCAAUACACCACUUUUGCGCGCUGCAUAUCAAGGGGAUGAGGCCGUGGCGAGGCUGCUGAUCGAGAAAGGCGCUGAUCUCGAGGCAAAGGGCGAAAAUGGCGUUACACCGCUAUUACGCGCUGCAUGGCAAGGGCACGAGGCCGUGGCGAGACUUCUGAUCGAGACAGGCGCCAAUCUUGAGGUAAAGAACGGCUGUGGUAACACGCCGCUCAUGUACGCUGCGGUUAAUGGGCACGAGGCCGUGGCAAGGCUGCUGAUCUCGAAAGGCGCUGAUCUCGAGGCAAAGAACCUAGAAGACUUGACACCACUCGUAUGGGCUGCAUAUCGAGGGCACGAGGCCGUGGCGAGGCUGCUGAUCGACAAAGGCGCUGAUCUCGAGGCAAAGAACCUAGAAGACUUGACGCCGCUCAUGUACGCUGCGGUUAAUGGGCACGAGGCCGUGGCAAGGCUGCUGAUCGAGAAAGGCGCUGAUCUCGAGGCAAAGAACCUAGAAGACUUGACGCCGCUCAUGUACGCUGCGUUUAGUGGGCACGAGGCCGUGGCAAGACUGCUGAUCGAGAGAGGCGCCGAUCUUGAGGCAAAGGACAACAAGGGCACCACGCCGCUCUCAUCCGCUGUAUAUGAAAAGCAUGAGGCCGUGGCAAGACUGCUGAUUGAGAACGGCGCCGAUCUGGAGGCAAAGGACUAUAGGGGCUUCACGCCGCUCAUGGUAGCUGCGUUUCGUGGGCAUGAUGCCACGGUAAGGCUGCUGAUUGAGAAAGGCGCUGAUCUUGAGGCAAAGAACGAUAGGGGUAACACGCCGCUCUUGGUAGCUGCGGUUCGUGGGCACGAUGCCGUGGCAAGACUGCUGAUCGAGAAAGGCGCUGAUCUUGAGGCAAAGAACGAUAGGAGUAACACGCCGCUCUUGUUAGCUGCGGAUCGUGGGCACGAGGCCGUGGCGAGACUGCUGAUCGAGAAAGGCGCCGAUCUCGAGGCGCUGAUCUCGAGGCAAAGGACGAAUAUGGCUCUACACCGCUACGAAGCGCUGUGA